UUUCCAUUGGGGGCCACCAUAUUAAUUUCGAUGCACCUCCUGAAAACCAUCAGAUAAAGAAUCGCUUGGCCCGGCUUGAUUGUCUUUUUUUAUCUCGUCGCCCUCGAUCUUGGUAUCGACUCGAGCGCCCUUGAGCUCGUCGCACUGCUCUGCGUUUCUUCAUGAUUGAAUCAUCGCAAACACCAUCGUCAACCUGGCGCAAUGGACGGUGACCCGGCAGUCGAGAGCGAGCUCAGCUCCUUUAGUCUCUCCUUUCCUCUCCCAUUUAGGGUGGCCUUCAUCAUAGUAAUGGCCGUCUGGGGAUGGGGCGCCAACCUCCACUACCUCUACCUCGUCCGCAUCGACGUGCCCGCCCUGAUCCGUUACCCGGGCCGGUCCUCGGCCACGCAGGCACCGCACCACAUCUCGACCUACCGCCUCGCCGCGCUCCUCUCCACCACCCUCGCCGCGACGCUCCUUCUCUUCUGGGCCCUGACCCGCCGCGACCCGGCGCUCGUCGUCUACUACGACUGGAUCCCCAUGACGUACCUGCUCGUGUUGGCGGCGCUCUUCGCCGUGCCUCUCCGCGGCGGCGCGAUGCCGACCUCUGGCCGCCGGAGGCUUCUCGCCACGCUGCGGCGCGUGUCGCUGGGCGGCAUCGCCGAGGCCCAGAACGGCAAGUUUGGCGACAUACUCCUCGCCGACGUGCUGACCAGCUACGCCAAGGUCCUGGCCGACCUGUACAUCUGCGCGUGCAUGUUUUUGACCUCUGGCGGGUCCGCCUCCGCCCGCCCGGACCGCGGCUGCGGCGGCGCCGUCGUCGUGCCCCUGAUCCUCGCCCUGCCCUCGGCCAUCCGCCUGCGCCAGUGCCUGAUCGAGUACUCGCGCGUCCGCUCCGCGCCCUACAAGGAGUCCCUCGGCUGGGGCGGCCAGCACCUCGCCAACGCCGCCAAGUACAGCACCGCGUUCCCCGUCAUCAUCCUGACGGCCAUGCAGCGCAGCGGCGCAAGCGGCGGCGGGGAGAAAGAUGGGACCGUCAACCCGGGCGUCAACCGCGCGUGGCUGGCCGCCGUGGUCGUGCAGUCGCUCUACACCUUCUACUGGGACGUGGCCAAAGAUUGGGACCUGACGCUGUUCUCGGGGGCGCGGGAGCGCAACGCGCCCGACCAGCCGUGGGGCCUGCGGCGGCGCAUGUACAUCCAACCAGCGCCGCUGGUCUACUACUGCGUCGUGCUGCUGGAUAUGGCGCUGCGGUGCACGUGGGUCGUCAAGCUCAGCCCCGGGCUGGACAGGUUGUCGGGGUGGGAAGGGUCGCUGUUUGUGCUGCAGCUACUCGAGGUAUUGCGCCGCUGGAUAUGGAUCUUUUUCCGCGUCGAGACGGAGCACAUCAGGAACUCGAAUCACGCCGGGCUCGGGGUGGACGAUAUAUUACUCGGCAACUACCAGGGCAAGUCGGAUGAUGAGGAGAGCGACUAGUUGUCGGUCCUCGGGCUCCGUUCGGCCCGGUUGUCUAGGUGGAACCGACAACCUCUCCGCUGAAAAUCAGUUUAACAAAGUAAACAUCUGUACUGGGGGUCUGCAUCUCCACAGGCGUUACAUGUUCCACGGUUGCUGUUAUGGUGUGGUGCUUUGUACAAGAACAGUGUUCUUUUAUUUUUGCGGGUAUAUUAUAGAAUAUAUGUAGACAUCUCCUGUCUGCUCUAAUGAUACCAUGACCCCCAGCAAAACCGUACAUGACAUCCUAUGACCUAUGUUUUGGUAUACAAGAAAAAAAUAAAGGCAUAACAUAAUCCUGUCAAAGCUAGAUAACAUCAAAACAGUUACGUGUAUAUGGUAUAUGUAUAUGUAAUCUUUCAUCAAAACAUCAC